ACUGCAGCUCAAAACUCCGAUCGGAUCUCGCCUCGCACGCGAUUCUUAUUUAUAUCUCCUACCCCCGUCCUGGACUCCUCGAGCGGAUAAGGUUACCGCACAGCUUUUGGCCAUUGCAAGAUGCAAGUCAAGUUUUUGGCAACUGUGUUGCCACUUUUGCUGCGUCUUCCUGCGGUGGACGCUCUGGGAGGCACAAAUGAGCGCGUGUCGGCUUCCCUGCGGAGGCACCUUGGGCGCGAUGUGGCCCAGACGGCCAAUUCGACCAAUGUCUAUCCGACCAAAUUCUCCGGCGUGACCUGGGAUGACGACAACUGGCUGCUCACCACCACCAUCCCGGACCAGGGCCACUACCAAUCGCGUGGCUCGGUUGCAAAUGGCUACCUGGGAAUCAAUGUUGCCAAUAUUGGUCCAUUCUUCGAGCUUGACACUCCUGUCAAUGGUGAUGUCAUUUCUGGCUGGCCCCUUUACUCCCGACGCCAGAGUUUCGCAACCAUUUCUGGAUUCUGGGACAGACAGCCCACGACCAACGGAUCUAACUUCCCUUGGCUCUCUCAGUACGGUGACGACAGCGUGAUCAGUGGUGUUCCGCACUGGAGUGGCUUGAUUCUUGACCUGGGAGAUGACACAUACCUCGACGCCGAAGUGGAUAACAGCACCAUCUCAGAUUUCGAGUCCACCUACGACUUCAAGUCGGGCGUGCUGUCUUGGUCGUAUACCUGGACACCUGAAGGCAAAGGCUCCUAUGCAAUUGUCUACCGACUCUUCGCGCACAAGCUGUACGUGAACCGAGCCGUGGUGGAUAUGGAAAUUACCCCCUUGACGAGCGGCAAUGCUACGGUGGUCAACGUGCUGGAUGGCUAUGCGGCUGUCCGUACGGAUUUUGUCGCAUCUGGAGAGGACGACGGUGCCAUUUUCAGCGCCGUGCGCCCUUGGGGUGUCAACAACGUCACGGCCUACAUCUACGCGGGCUUGAGUGGCUCUGACAAUGUCGACUUGUCUUCGCGUAGAAUCGUCACUGGCAAGCCUUAUGUGCACACCAAUGCCUCAUCUAUCGCACAGGCAGUCGACGUCACGUUUACUGCGAAUGAGACUGUCCGGAUCACCAAGUUUGUUGGUGGCGCUACAACGGACUACUUUCUCCUUACACAGGAAACAGCCAAGGCUGCCUAUUUGGCUGGACUGGCCGAAGGCUACACCAACUCGCUGCAGUCGCAUGUCACAGAGUGGGCCGGGAUCUUGCACGAAUCCUCAGUCGACCGAUUCACGGACCCGGCAACCGGCAAGCUGCCGGACGACAGCCACAUCAUCGACUCGGCGAUCAUCGCUGUCACGAACACCUACUUUAUUCUGCAGAACACCGCAGGAAACAAUGCGGUCGUCGCGGCUGGAAUUCCCGUGAAUGUUGACAGUUGCGCUGUUGGCGGACUUACAUCCGAUUCGUAUGCUGGACAGAUCUUCUGGGAUGCGGAUCUCUGGAUGCAGCCUGGUCUUGUCGCGUCCCACCCGGAGUCUGCCAUGCGGUUCACCAACUACCGCAUCGCUUUGCACUAUCAAGCCCAGGCAAACAUCGAAACUGCAUUCACAGGCUCAAAGAACGAUACCUCGUUUAGCUCUUCCGCGGCGAUCUACCCCUGGACCAGCGGCCGAUUCGGAAACUGCACCGCAACCGGACCGUGCUGGGACUAUCAAUAUCAUCUGAACGGUGAUAUUGGCCUGGCGAUAAUCAACCAAUUGGUUGCCAGCGGCGACACGCUAUGGUUCCAGAACUAUCUGUUCCCAAUCUAUGACUCCGUAGCCAUCCUUUACUCGGAAUUGGUGGAGCGUAAUGGCUCGUCCUGGACGUUGACUAACAUGACCGAUCCGGAUGAGUAUGCCAAUGCCAUCGAUGCCGGCGCUUACACGAUGCCGUUGAUUGCCGAAACUUUGCAGAACGCCAACAAGUUCCGCAAGCAGUUUGGCCUGGAGCCGAAUGAGACUUGGGAGGAGAUUGCAGAAAAUAUCCUCAUCCUUCGCGAGAACGACGUGACUCUGGAAUAUACCACGAUGAAUGGGUCCACUGUUGUCAAGCAGGCCGAUGUUGUACUCGACACUUUCCCCCUGAACUUCGAGUCGGACAACUACACGGCCGAGAAUUCGUUGACCGAUCUGGACUACUAUGCAAACAAGCAAUCCGCAGACGGACCAGCCAUGACAUAUGCUAUCUUCUCAAUUGUCGCCAGUGAUGUCUCCCCGUCCGGCUGCUCUGCUUACACCUAUCAUCAAUACUCCUACGCUCCUUAUGCACGCGGCCCGUGGUACCAGCUGUCCGAGCAACUGAUCGACGAUGCCAGCAUCAAUGGUGGCACUCACCCGGCGUUUCCCUUCUUGACCGGCCACGGUGGUGCAAACCAGGUCGCCCUCUAUGGGUACCUCGGUCUCCGUCUCCACCCGGAUGACACCCUCUACAUCGACCCCAACCUGCCGCCUCAAAUCCCUCACAUCACGUACCGGACAUUCUACUGGCAUGGCUGGCCGAUCUCUGCGUGGUCCAACUACACACACACCACACUCCAGCGGGUGUCGUCUCCUGCACCACUGGUGAGCGCAGAUCUCCUUUUCGCCGCUGCCAGCAUCAAGGUCCAGGUCGGCCAGUCCAACGCGAGUGCAAAUGAGACAACGACAUACGAGCUGCCCGUCUCAGGGACACUGACCGUUCCCAACCGCAUGAUUGGGUCCGUCAACACAACUCCCGGUAACCAAGUUCAGUGUCACCCUGUCUACUCGCCGGAUGACUACGAACCAGGCCAGUUCCCCAUCUCUGCCGUGGAUGGCGCCACAUCCACCAAAUGGCAGCCGUCGACGUCAAAUCUGUCUUCCUUGACAGUCACCUUGUCCACGACCACCAACCCGCAAGCGGAGGCGGUCACCGGCUUCUACUUUGACUGGUCUCAGGCCCCACCCCAGAAUCUGAGCAUCAUCUUCCACGAUUCUCCCAUCUCAAAUCCCUCCACGCUGUUUGCUGCCACCUCCAACUCAACCGGAUACCGGGUAGUGACGAGGAUGUCCAACAUCGUCCCGUCCAAGCCAUACGACGCCAGCUCUGCUGAGGAGCUGAACACCGUCUCCAUCCCCACUGGCAACACCACCACCAUCACCCUGGACGCUCCGGUCCAGAAAGCCCAGUACGCCACACUUCUGAUCGCAGGCAACCAGGGCGACAAUGAAUCUGGUGUCGGCGCUACGGUGGCCGAGUGGGUCAUUCUGGGCCAGACGAACAGCACUUCCAGCUCGGUGGCACAGACCCGGCGGAAGAUGAGUGCGAGAAGCAAGGCCACUUUGGCUCGAUACAGCUAAUCCACUGACCUGCUCCAUCCUUGAGAUAGAUUCCUGUAUCAUAAUUAUUCUUAUUGCAAUCUCUGUUGCAGAGGUACAUAAUUAAUCAAUAUUACAUAAUUCUUGAAUUCAUAAUCGAUUAUUCCUCGCCACUAGCCACACCAAAGCAGUC